ACUUUCUCUUCCAAUUUCCUAGCUCGCUCCUAUUUUAUUGCAUAUACACAUGCAAGCACGGGAACAGAGAAGCGAGGAAGUCUCGUCUUCCAUGAAUUUGACGGAAGAAGUUGGAGAGAGCUCGUCGCCGCCGAGGACCUUCGGUAACUCGAGUAUCUCCGAUUUGAAGAACGAUGUCUACAAUCGCUUGGUAGAAAGCGGCAACGAGGAGGCCCUCUUUAAUCCUGACUUCCGUCAACAGUUGGAUGCUCACUUCAAUCGCCUGCCUCCUAGUUAUGGAUAUGAUAACAUGGAUAGAGUUGAAGAUUUUGUGUUACAUAUGCACCUUCUUGCAAAGGCAACAGAUCCGAAGCAGCAGCCUGUUUAUCAUAUUCGUUUUUUGGAGAAGCUUAGUGCUAAACCAGAAAGUAGUACUGAGGAACAGUCUGCAACUUCUCUUUCUACACCAAGGCCAUUUGUUAAUGGUGAUAAUGAAGGAGUAGUGCCAUCACAAAAGAGUAGAGCAAAGGAUUGUGCGGCUGACUUUGAACCUUGCUCCAAGCUUGAGGAUCUAAAUUUGGAUGUCAGAAAGAAUUCUAAGGGUGUGGAGGAAAGAUCCCUUGCAGAGAGCUUCACAGAAAGGCAAAAAGAUGUACAUAUUCAUGAAGUGAUAUUUUCUACCAUUGACAAACCGAAGCUUCUCAGUCAGCUUUCUGCUUUGCUUUCUGAUAUUGGACUCAAUAUUCGAGAAGCUCAUGUGUUCUCAACUACUGAUGGCUACUCAUUGGAUGUGUUUGUGGUAGACGGUUGGAAUUCUGAGGAAACAGGUCAUUUUGAUAAGGAGAUGAGAAAUGCAGUUGCUCGAAGUGAGGGUUCAUGGUCUAGAUCUUCACAUUCUCGUUCCGCUACAGAUAAAGCACCAAUGGUGCCAUUAAGAUAUGGAGAUCAGGAAAUAGAUAUUGAAUUAUUGAAGACAGGAGAAAAAAUUGCAUCAGGAUCUUGUGGACAUUUAUAUCAUGGUGUCUACCACGGUCAAGAUGUUGCUGUUAAAAUUCUUAGAUCUGAGCAUUUGAAUGAUGCUCUACAAGUUGAGUUCGCUCAAGAGGUUGCAAUUUUAAGAGCAGUUGAGCAUCCAAAUGUUGUUCGUUUUAUUGGUGCCUGUACAGAGUCUACACAUUUGUGUAUAGUGACAGAGUAUAUGUCUGGGGGAAGUUUGUAUGAUUAUCUGCAUAAGAAUCAUAACAUUUUGAAGCUCUGUGAACUGCUGAAGUUUGCUCUUGAUAUUUGCAAAGGAAUGGAGUAUUUACAUCAAAAAAAUAUAAUUCACAGGGACCUCAAGACAGCAAAUUUGCUGAUGGAUAGCAACAAUGUACGUAAGAACUUCUGAAUAUUAUUGUUUUGAUUUUAAUUAUAUAGUCCUAUUGCUUUCAAUCAGAGACAAGGGUUUAGUUUAUCCAAUUUUGCAAUAAUAAAAUUAUUCUUGGUGUUGUACCCUGAAUAGAUUAUCAAGUUGUACUCAUAAACUUGCUGAUCAGAAAAAAGUUAUACUCAUAAACCACAACCUAAGCCUCAGCGCUUGGUUCAGAAAAGCAUAAAGCUUCAAAAGAACUGGGUUUUUCAACAUUAAACUUUUAACUGCUUC